UAUGGCGUCUGUCACGAUCUAGAAAUCAAAAAAAUAAACAAAUACAGGAUUUGUCAAGCUCGGAGAUUUACUUUUGGCUGUAUUUUUGAGAAUAUUGGAGACUGAAAAUGGGUAGUUAUGGAAAAGCGGUAAUGACAGGAUUUAUUUGUCGUUUGUGCUCAGAACAAAAAAAAAUUGUCAUACACUUGUAUAGUUCUAAGGCCAAAGAAAUGGGUUUGAUGGAAAAAAUCAGAUUAUUGCCCAUAACAGUUGAGAAAUAUGAUAAUUUACCUAAAACUAUUUGUGAGGCUUGUAUUAGCAGACUGGAAAUGCAAUUUAAUUUAGUGGUAAAAAUUAGGAAGACGGAUGCUAUACAGCGCAGUCACACUUUGCUACAUAGUAAUGGUCGAUGCCCAGUUGAAUGUCCUUUGCACAGAACGGCUGGGCCUUCAACAGGAAAAUAAUUAGUAGUAUAAGUGUAAAUAUAUUUAUUUGUACAUAAAUAAGAUGUGUUUUUUAUGAUAAUUAAGAUUAUUGUAGCUUAUUUUUGCAUAAACUUAGUAAGUUUCCUUUGUUCUUUGACAUUUUGAGGAAUUUGUAAAUUUUUUAAUAAAGAGUAUUAGUAAAG